AUGAGGAGGUUGCAGUCCAUGAGAUGGUUUUGUUUUCCCUGGUUGAGGAGAGAGACCUCACAGACUGAGACCAGCCCACUCAUACCAAAGACAGACACAGAUAGAGAGUUGUCAGGAGUCCUUCAGGGGACUGAUGAGAGCAGCACAGAAGAACAGGCUCCAGAACCAGGACCGAAUGAUGGACCAGAGAACCAGGGUAGAACCAGGGAGGUAAAACCCAGAGCCCGUAGCAGGCCCUUCUCCCUGAGAGACUGUCUUCUCAAGUACCUCCUGUUCUUCAGCAACCUCCUCUUCACGGUGCUAGGCCUGGUGGUCCUGGCCCUGGGACUGUGGGGCCUCAUCAACAAGGAAUCCUUCGCUCAGGAGAAAAUAGGACAGAUCAGCACCGACCCCAUGCUGGUGUUUGUGAUACUGGGCUUGGUGCUGUCUACCCUCUGCCUGUCAGGCUGUGUGGGGGCUCUGAGAGAGAACUGCUGCCUGCUCCAGGUCUUCUCAGCCACCGUGCUGGUCCUGGUAGCAGCCCAGGUCCUAGCGGCCAUCGUGGCAUACAGCCUGCAGGGACAGAUAGAGGGAUACCUGAGGUCAGGUAUGCUGGCUGCCAUGGUACGUUACCAGGAUGACCUGGACCUGAGGUUCAUCACAGAUGAGAUCCAGAUAGGACUGCAGUGCUGCGGGGCCGACAACUACAGAGACUGGGAGGUCAACAUGUACUAUAACUGCUCUGCCCCGGGGGUGCUGUCCUGUGGGGUCCCUGCUACCUGCUGUGUGGACCCCCUGGAGAACGGCACCGUGUGGAACUCCCAGUGUGGAGUAGGAUCCCAGCAGCUGGAUGAGUUCUCUGCUCAGAGCGUCAUCUUCCUGGGGGGCUGUCUGGGGGGCAUGUCCCGCUGGAUAGAGCAGCACACAGGCCUGAUAGGAGCCGUGGGUAUCGUCCUACUGGGGAUUCAGAUCAUCACUCUGUUCAUCACCACACGACUGAUGGAUAAAAUCCAGUGCAGUAAAGCUACAAGUUAA